AUGUCCCUCUAUGUCGUCCUUUUCACCAGCAACUGGAAAGUGUUUGCCUUGCCUCCACCCCCAGAGAGGGAAGAAGCAUGGGCUGUGGUGCUACACGGAGGGGCCUCUGGUGUCAUGCUCCUUCCUCCUCGUUACAGAAGCAGAGAAGCCUUAGAGGUGGAUGGAGGCUUCAGAAACAUAAUAGGAUCCAGGUACCCGGGUCCAGAGCCCAGUGCCAGGCUAGCCCUUGGGCCUCUGCCCUGGGCCCUGCCACCCCUCACAGUGGGCCUGAGAGUCGGGGGUGCAGAACGGGACACCUACCUCAGCAAAGGGCACGCCGGAGAGGGAGACCACGUCAAGUCACGGAGCAAAAUCACUGACACUCGGAUUUGUUUUGGAAAUAACAUUGAUCUAUUUGAUUACCAGAAAUCCUGGGGCUUAGAGAAUGGUGAAUGUAAAAAUGAGAACAUGGUGUUGGGUGUGACAAAGCACACAUAUUACAUGACUGCUCCACACUGGAUGUGCACAAAGACAGAGGAAAUCGCUCACCUCACAGGGACUAAGUUCCGCAGGAAAGAGAACCUGUGCGAGACCAAUCAGCGGUGGGGUGGAGUCCCUCUGCUAUUUUCAUAUUUUGUGUCACUUGUUCACAUGGGAAAAAUCAUGACAUUUUCCCACGUUGGGGCCCUGUGCAACCUGGCUUUGAAUUUUAAGCAGAUCCAGCUGACCUCUUCUGCCGCAUGCCAGAUCCUAGUGCACGGGCAGCGCGAGUUCCAGGCGCACAAGCCAGUGAAGGCAGCGGCGGCCUCUGAAAGGAACCGGGGCCUGAGGAAAGACGGUCGUGUUACAGCUCCCAAGAAGGCGCGCGUCGGUCAGCAACAAAAGCUUAAGAAGAACCUAGAAGUCAGGAUCUGGAAGAAGAUCGAACAUGACGUGGUAAUGAAAGCCAGCAACAGCCUGCCCAAGAAGCUGACACUGCUGAAGGCCCCGAUCAAGAAGAAAGGGGAGGCUGCUGCCACCUCCUCCAACAAGGCACCUUCCUGAAGAGGCUGGCCCCAGCGCAGGCCAACAUCGCAGCCCCCGCCUCCACGAUAGGACCUUGCAGGU